GGUGACAUGGUUGUAAUUCGUGAAGAUAAUUUACCACCGAAUGAAUGGCGUUUAGGUCGCGUACAUAAACUUCAUAUAGGUAAAGAUGGUCAUACUAGAGUUGUUGAAUUAAAAACAGUUCGUGGAAUAAUUACGAGGCCAGUGGUAAAGCUUGUAGCUCUACCGACUUAUUAAUUUUCUAUAUAUUAGUAUAUUUUUUCAGUAUCAUGGUACCCCGCAAGAAGUACACUGAAGGUAAUCGUACCACCCCUAAAAUGGUUUGUAGAGUUUGCCUGAAGGAUCAUCCCUUACGUUUCUGUAAAAAAAUUUUGAAGGAAGACUAUAAGGAACGUAUGCGUCUUGUCUCCUUUUAUAAAUAUUGUGCUGGGUGCUUGAGCCACGACCAUACAUGGCGCACAUGCGAAAGCACUGGGAAGUGCAAACAUUGUGGUGACAUGCAUAAUACUUUGUUGCAUAAACCUAACUCCCGACCUCGUCCGUCGGGCCAGAACGAUGGCAAACGUGUUAAACGUUUACGGCAGGAAUCUAAAGCAAAGGGACCUAGUUCGUCCCGAAUCUCUGCCAAGGGACCUAGUUCGUCCCGAGUUACUUCCAAUAGACCUAGUUCGUCUAAAGGCAAUGGGAAGGAGAGACCUAGUACGUCUCGAGCUCUGGUUCCGGCUACAUCGAGAAGAGUCCCAAACGACUCGAAUGAAGAACCAAGUACAUCAAGAAAUUUACCAUCAUACCAAAUUAAUGGCAAUAUAAUUUUGAAGCCGACCGCGAUAAUCAAAAUAAUUACCAAGAACAGAUACAUUUUAGAACGGGCCUUAAUCGAUCCAACUGCUGAAUGUUCUGUUAUAUCGCACGAAGUUGUUAGGCGCUUAGAUGCUAAAACCAUAAGAAUUGGCAAAUCAGAAAGAUGUCUUAAAAAGAUUCGAGGAAAUUAUGGAAUCAACACCACAAUUGAAACAUAUGCUCAAGUUCUUCAUAAUUACAGCACGGUGACUCCAAAGGAGUCUAUUCAAGAAAAUAUUCGUGACGAAUUUCCUGGGCUACAACUAGCAGAUCCUCAAUUUCAUGUUUCGGCAAAGGCGCAUAUUACUUUAGGAGGUGACGUUUUCCCCAGGAUAAUUCGAAAUGGUGUCGCAGGUGGAUCUUUUGGCAAACCAUUGGCGCAAUUUUCCAUAUUUGGAUAUAUUAUCUCUGGAUUAUGUUCAAAAUGAUGAGUAUAUGGGAGUAAAACUCU